CGCUGCUGCAGCGUGGGGUUUCCCAGCGCUGACUGCAGGGUUACCGCGCCCAUCUCGUCGUUCGAUGGCAGGACGAAAGUGUUUCUAGGGAAAGGGCAAAUGUUAAGCUUUGCAAACGGGGUACAGUACACGGUUUGGUUUAAUGAAUUGUAGCGACUUUAUAGAUUAGCUUUUUUUUGUCUGUCUGAGCAGUUACAUCAGUACAGGGCUAUAGUGGGUGUGAUCCCCCCCUCCUCCCCUCUCCGGUUGGUUGACUGAGGUUGUCAAGCUCCCUCGCUGCUGCUGCUGAGUUCUCGAAGGGCUGCUCCUCGGAAAAACCAACGCUAGCUGGCUAGCUAGUUAGUAAGCUAGCGCUGUGGUGUUCGUUGAUGCGUGGAUCGGAGGUUUAUGCCGUCUUGUUUUCCAGUCAAUGCCAAAACGCAAAAACAAACGCAGAUUGAAUCAGAUCAACAAGUGCCCUGGUAUCUGGAGUAAGGUAAUUGAAAAAGCAGGAUAAAAUGAGUGAACUGGACCAGUUGCGCCAAGAGGCAGAGCAGCUCAAGAAUCAGAUCAGAGAUGCCAGGAAAGCGUGCGCAGAUGCCACACUAUCACAGAUCACGGCUAAUAUUGACCCCGUUGGCCGAAUCCAGAUGCGUACAAGACGAACGCUGCGGGGUCAUUUGGCAAAAAUCUAUGCCAUGCACUGGGGAACAGAUUCCAGGCUCCUGGUCAGUGCCUCUCAAGAUGGGAAACUAAUUAUUUGGGACAGCUAUACUACAAAUAAGGUUCAUGCCAUACCACUUCGAUCUUCCUGGGUCAUGACUUGCGCUUAUGCACCGUCAGGAAAUUAUGUGGCCUGCGGUGGCUUAGACAACAUCUGCUCCAUCUACAACCUGAAAACCCGUGAGGGGAAUGUACGUGUGAGCCGUGAGCUCGCUGGACAUACAGGAUACCUGUCCUGCUGUCGCUUUCUUGAUGACAACCAGAUUGUUACAAGCUCUGGAGAUACCACUUGUGCACUUUGGGACAUUGAGACUGGCCAGCAGACGACUACUUUUGCUGGACACACAGGCGAUGUCAUGAGCCUGUCAUUGGCUCCUGAUGCCCGAUUAUUUGUCUCUGGUGCUUGUGAUGCCUCCGCUAAACUCUGGGAUGUCCGAGAGGGCAUGUGCAGACAGACUUUCACUGGCCAUGAGUCCGACAUCAAUGCCAUCUGUUUCUUCCCUAAUGGCAAUGCCUUUGCCACGGGCUCUGAUGAUGCCACCUGCAGGCUGUUUGAUCUGCGUGCUGAUCAGGAAUUAAUGAUCUACUCCCAUGACAACAUCAUAUGUGGCAUCACUUCUGUUGCAUUCUCAAAGAGUGGCCGUCUUCUUCUGGCCGGAUAUGAUGACUUCAACUGUAAUGUGUGGGACACACUAAAAGCUGACCGUGCUGGUGUGUUGGCUGGACAUGACAACCGUGUGAGCUGCCUGGGAGUGACUGAUGAUGGCAUGGCAGUUGCAACAGGAUCAUGGGACAGUUUCCUGAAGAUCUGGAAUUGAAGCCUGAAGGUUUCCUUUUUUUUUAAUUAUUACCUACAUUAUUACUGUAGGCUUUUCCUUGUUAUCUUAGUUUUACACCCAUUUUUGUAAAUGUUUGCUGAAGGCUCAUGUUUUUCUGGGGCUGAAGUGGAAGCUGAAAUGCUUUUUGUGUCACUUUGUGCCCUCCAAAGUGUAAAGAAGUUUAUGUUUUAAUGAAGUCUCUGUCUGUUUUUAGUCAAUUUGCUGGGCUUUAUUUUUUGACACACCUGUUAGCUUUAAUCUCUGCAUUCUCUUUUGACUUGCGUGAUCAACGAAACAUUCCUGCCCAUACAAUUUCAAUAAAUUUUAGGUCAAUGUCAACAUUGCAAUUUGUGAAGCGUAAUUUUGUAUGAGCCUUGCUGUGUAGAGAAACAAACUUCCUGGGAGGCAGUUCACUGACCAAUCGGUACAAGAAGAGGGCAAAAUACCAAACCUAAAGAGACUAAUAGAGUUUUGUGAGGUCUACCAUCAGAACAAAGAAUCUUACUCUUCAAAAAUGAGGUCCAUGAUUUUUAUGAAUUGAGACUCUAACUACACUUGAUUAAAGGAGAGACCCAGAUGGCAGGCUCCCAAAAGGGCCAAAAGCUCUCUACAGAAGGCUGUAGCUGUAAUGAUAUACAUGUAAUUAUAAAACAGCCUCAUGACAGCCUUUGAAAUUAGAUAGAUGUUUAUUUAAACUUGGCCCAUUAUGUUUGACAAGAGACCUUGAUAGUGGGUCAGAAAACUAGACCAGGCUAGAUUAGUUAAAUUCUAAAUGUCAUCUGUCUUUGUUUCCUAGAUGUUCUUUUAACUCCAAAGUUGACUGGAAGACCAUUACAACUUCAGAAUGUUCACAGCAUCUUCUCAACACUGUUUAAACUGACUUGGACACCACAAAAUCGAAGGGAAACCAAUGCCUUUCCUACACAAAGAAGAGCACAAUUGUUUAUCACCUAGUUAAGAAAGGAUCUCCUGUGGUAUCAAAUCAGAAACUUGUGCAUUCCUUCUCGGACCAUUUUAUGUUACCUUGAAAGAGAAAAAGAAAAAAAAACAACACUAUCAUCCCAUGCAAAUGUGUGCGUCUAGAAAGCAAAUGUUGGAGUGUAAUUGUACAAAUUAUUUAACUUUUUUUUUUUUUUUUUUUUUUUUUAAGAAUUCUAUUCUGAUGGUUUAUUCUUGAUGGCUUUUUUUUUUUUGUCAUAUUUCUUUAGUGGUUUUAGAUAUAUUUGAAUUACUGCUUGUCUUUCUAAUCCAGUUAAAUCAUAUUCAACAGAUGAGAGAAAAACGUACAGCAAGUAAUGCAAGUAAAAGCUUGGAUCAUAUUACACGAGCAGCUUUCAAAAUGUCCAUGAUGUAUUUAUAUACUAGCUGUUUUUGUUUCAUCACAGCCUUUUGCACAUGAAGAAGCUUCGCCUCUCAACUAUACUAUGUUAACUAACCAAGCACAUGCUCUAAGUUAUGAAUGCUCAUUCCAGUACAAAAGGAGUUAUUACGAGUAACUUAUACAGUUAACCCCCUUAAUUCUUGUACAUGCCUUUAAAUCUGGAUGGGACGGGGUGGGGUAGCAAAGUAGGUGCUGAGAUAAUUGGGGCAUGGCUGGAUUUUAUUAUAUGGAAGGGGGGGUGGGGGCGGGGGGGAUUGUGUUUAGUAUCCACUUUGAGUGAAACACCUCACCUGACUAAAUAGACACUUCCUUUGCUUGGGACUGCAGUUGCAACUCUGUGAAUGAAAUGUACAAAUCAAUGUCUGAAAAUAAUGGUCUGAUGUUUUAAGUUAAGACAUUUAAUUUUGUCUGCCAUGAGUUAAUUUAGAUGUGCAUGCUGUAGACUUGCUUUCAAUGGUGCAAAUUCCUAGAUUUUUUUUUGUUUGUUUCUCAAAAGGAGAGUAACCUAUUGAUCGAACUUAAUAGAAGCCAAUUUUUUUGGCUCCAACUCUGCAUACAUCAUGUACUAAUACUGGUAAUGCUAUGCACCAGAGUGAGCAAGAGUGGAGAAAGAAUUAAUAUUGAUCGCAUUCUUAGUGUACAAUAUGCUUACCAGUUCUAUUGAUGCCAAUUUUUGUAAUAAUUAUAACAAUCAUUGUGAGAAUUCUAUCCUUGACAAGUCCUUUUCUCUCCUUCAAAUCUUCACACUCAAUGGAACAAAAACGUCCUCACAUACUGUCCAUACAAAACUUUUGUACAUUUUUUCUUGGUCUUAAAUUGAAAAUCAAGAGCAUCUGAAUGAUAACAUUUCACUGUAUACAGAAGCACUUUUGUUAAAGUUGUGACAUAUUUUCACUUUUCCUUUUUUUCUGCGAUGAUGUACAAUAAAUGUGAUGUAUUUGUGUGUGGCCACAAGUGAAAAUGCAAUUCAACUGAGACAGAUUCCCUUUUCUCUUUCCAUUAAUAUUAUAGAGCUCUGCACCCUUAUGUACCUUUUCACUUUUUGUAUUUCAUUUCAGUCUGUUGGUGUUACACGGUGAGCUGGAUGCAAGAUAGAUACUGUACUAAAUUGUACUGUUAUUGAUUGAAAAAUGUAAUAAAAAGCUGUUUGAGA